AUGGCCUGUCCGAUGGGGUUUUCAUCGCCGCCACCGCCGCCGAGCGCGGCUCGCGACCACGACUCGUCGCCCACAGGGAAAUCGUCGAGUUCCAGUCAUUCUCCUACAUCGCCUGAGCCAUCUCCUCAUCGAUCGGGGUCGACGACGUCCUGUUCGGCGAUGGUAGAAGAAAGUGAAUGUAACGGAGCAGGGGCAAGAAGAAAGCUUGAUUUGAAGGGUUUGUGCCAAGGUCUGGCCUCCAUAGUCUUCCCAUCGGUUGGUAUCGUAUCUCUCACCUUCCGUCGUGUCUUCUCAACUUUUGGUCAAGAUGACAUCAUCGAUGAUUUCCUGGAUAAUGAGGGACUGGAUAGUAAGUUUUCAACCGAAUCAUUAGCAAACUACUACGACUCCAGACCGAACUCAUGUCUAGAAGAUCUCUUAAUUCAUGUCACUACCAAAGGUGCCAAGAUUUUAGGUUUAGAGUACACGGUAUUUAUGGAGCGGUUCGGAGAGGAGUUUUUCUGUCUGUGUUUCGAGCAAUAUGGCACAUUUCUACAAGCUUUAGGCGGGUCCCUAGUCGAAUUCUAUAGCAACAUUGAUGGCCUUCAGCAGCAUAUCACUUCGUUGAAACUCACCAAUAAUCACAGGCCACCAUCAUUUCGCUGCUCCACGAGGGACGACGAACGACACAUUCUACUUCACAUGUACACGGAGAGCACGUGCAUCUCGCAAAGCAUGGCGGGACAGAUCAAAAUGGCGUCCAUUCUUUUGUUCAAUUCUUUUGUCGAUGUCCAAAUGGGUGAACGUGUGGGGAACCAUUCAGUGUACAUAAUCCAACCUCUCCUAGACGAAGUGCAUCCAAAAUGUGACAAGAACAAACUUGGACACCCUAUCCAGUCGAUUUCUACCUUUUCGACCAGGAGAAAAGAUGCCAAACUUUCGGUGAACACAUUUAGCUCAGCCUUUCCUUUCCAUGUCAUGUUCAAUAGGCAGUUGCUGAUCAAGCAGCUGGGUGAUACGAUUGUAAGGAUGAUGGCCCAAGCAUUGGCCGCGGAUGGACUCAAUUUUAACUCUUACUUCAAGGUGCUGUCUCCGCCACUGGAACGGGUCACAUUUGAGAAUAUUCUGGCAAACAUUAAUUUGUGUUAUGUAAUCGCUACCACCUGUGUUCUGUCCGGACUAUCAAGCACAGAAAGCAAGUAUUCGUCGAUAGAGGUUACCGGUCAGAUGAUCUAUGUCCCAGAAAGCGACUGCAUCCUGUUCCUCGGUUCUCCCAGGGUUGGUAAGCUGGAGGAGCUGACAGGGCGAGGUCUUUACCUAGCUGAUAUCCCUAUCCACGAUGCCACCAGAGAUCUCAUCCUGGUAGGCGAGGAAAGCAGGGCUCAGGAUGGUCUCAAGAAACGGAUGGACAAGCUGAAGUCGCAGGUGGAGGAGGCAAGCGGCAACCUGGACUCGGAGAGGCAGAAGAACGUCGAUCUCCUGAACCUGAUCUUCCCUGAGGCUGUUGCCAAGAAGCUUUGGAGGGGUGAACCCAUCCCUGCUCAGACCAUCGAGGGGGUGUCCAUGUUGUUCUCUGAUAUUGUUGGCUUCACUGCUAUCUGCUCAACCGCGACACCCUUCAUGGUUGUCCAUAUGCUUAACUCUCUUUACACCGAGUUCGAUUCUUUCUGUGGGAUCUUAGAUGUCUAUAAGGUGGAAACGAUUGGUGACGCGUACUGCGUAGCUUCGGGUCUUCACAAAUCUUCCAACACGCAUGCGCAAUUAGCAGCUAAGAUGGCGAUCAAAAUGAUGGAGGCUGCCGCCGCCGUCAAGUCACAUCAAGGCCACGCACUGAGGAUGCGUAUAGGCCUGCACACGGGGGAAAUUGUGGCGGGAAUCGUCGGUCAGAAAAUGCCCAGGUAUUGCCUGUUUGGUAACAACGUCACCCUAGCUAACAAAAUGGAGUCACACAGCGAAGCACUCAAAAUCAACGUUAGCCCUACCACCCACGUCCUUCUCGCUGAAACCGGAGUUUAUCAUUUCGAGGAGCGAGCACGAGACACACUUCCCGACACCUUCCCUGCUAACAUCCCCGGCAACCCUUACUUUCUCUAUGGCUACGAUACCAACCCCGAUGACCCCGUGGACGCAGAACUCUUCGGAGACAAGAAGCACGUCGAGAUACCGACGUAAUCACGAAGAAAUCUGCGCAAUCUCUUCUCCUUUUCGCGAUUUGAUAUCAUCAGAACAAGGUAGACCCUGGGUUCCGUAACACCAAGGUUAGCCAUCAAUCGCCACAUGACAAUCGCCAAUCAGGAUUGGCCAUGCAUGCGUAUUUUAUUCAAAACACUGACUAGGAACCAAUCAGAAGUGUUCUUUCAUACAUGCUAUCAAUUACAUACAUUUUUUGUUACGGGGCCCUAAUCAUCUGCGAGGUUUUAAUCUGACAGUUCAUUAAUUGCAUGCGUUCAAAUUAGACGACUGCAGGUGCGUUCGAGAGCUUUCUCAAUUUGUGUCCUAUUGUUUUUAGAUUCAGGCCUAUGUAGCACACACACAAUGGCUGAUUUGUUUUGAUUUUAUUUAGUUUUGGACGCUAUAUUUUAUGUUGGCUUAACGUGCAGAUUUUCCAUCGGAGCAAUCGUCGCCGGAGUAAAUGUCAUGGAACAGGGAAAUAUCCCCUACCCUCCAACCUCACACUUGACCCAUUGGUCUCCACCAACCGUACCAUGUGGUAUGUCGUGUCCCUUUCGUGUGCCCCUUUUUUUUUGGGGGGGGGGGAAGGGGGUCGUUCUGAGAUCUUGGACCCGCCGCCUGAACAUAAUUUUUAUUUGACAAAAUUAAUGUACAGUAGUUGUAACCUUGACGACAAACCUCAUUGAAACAUAGUAUUAUCUAAAUUCCAUAUACUGCUCCUAAUACUUCAAAAGAUCAUUUUGAAUUUGACUUGAUGAUUAAGAUUUACAUUGUCUUUUAAAAAGUGAAAAACAAACUAGCAUCGAAUGCGAAGGCUUCUCCAUUGACAUGGCGUUAAAAAAUGUGAACAUUCGACAUCGUUGUCUUGCUGAUGGUUGAUAUUAAGUAAAUGAAUUGUCAGAUUAUAAUUUGGUCAUAGUGAUUAGUGUAAAAUAGACUAGAAAGUGUUCUUAUUAAUGAAAUCUUAAUGAUGAUGAAGGGAACGUAGUGUUUUGUCUCCCACCAAUUAUUUGAACCUGAUUAAAAACAUGAUGGAGUUUAUACACGAGAAAUUCUUUUUCAGAUGAGUGUGUUUAUGGCGUGAUCUUCAUGACGCAAUGGAAAUAAUAUUUUGAUUUUAGAAUUGCAAAAGACGGAAUGUAUUUCUCUAUAGAAAUUAUGUGAGUUAUACGAUGAGAGGGCUUGUAAUUCAAAAUGUAAAACAUAGAUAAGACCGUCCAGUCACAUUCGCUCAUUCAAUGCAUACAUGUCUAUUGGCAACGCGACCUCAUUAUGCCGAUAAGUGGCAGGUGAUAUGGGCGGAGCCAGGCCUAGCCAAUCUAGGAUUCUUAUCUCAUGCGCAUGCUCCGUAAUUCAAACUCAUAUUGCGUCAUUGGCAGAAGUCUGAGAGACUGUGUUAUCAGUCUUAAGAACUCAUUAAUUUUUGGAUGAUGUAUUUGUCUGUAGGGGUCUUCAUGUGUUGAGUAUUAUAAAUGCAAUAAAGGUGUUUUAGGACUUGUGUGUAUGCAUUUCAUAAAGAGAUCUGAGUACCAUUUACCAUGUGUUCAAUCUGUAAUGUGAUCACCUUUGUAUGCUGAAUGAUCUUCUUUUUAUUUGUUCAUGAUGAAAACAAAUUGUUUAAACGGAUCAAUAACAAUGAGAAAAACUGUUUUACAGGAAAGAAUGUUUCUGUUUAUACGUGAAUAACUCUCAUAACAUAUUGGCAUAUCAUUAGUAACAGCAAGAGGGCAUACUAACGGGUAUUUUGGAACCUGGUGAGUGUUUUAUAAAGCUGUUUUAUAAGUUACGAAGGACUGUGCUCACGACUGGUGACCCUUUCUCGUGCUAAAUGAUAUAUCCCUCUGUAGCUGAAAUAGCACCCAAGAACAUGUUCCAAUCGUGCGCAAAGUCGUGCGUAACUUUUACGAACAGCUUUAUAAAACUCCAACUCGAUGCGAUUCUUAAUUAUCGAUUAUUGACACUUUCAUUGCAUUCUGUAGAUGUAACGUGUUAAUUUAUCUUGUACAGAUUAUUAAUCUUUGUAAUUGUUUAUUUUGGAGAUAAAAUAUGUCAAUAUUAUUUUUUUCUAAUACGCUGUGUAAUCAAAGAAUAUUUAAACUGAAAGUAACCAAGUUUUAGGAGUUCACAGGAGAAAACUAUCGUUCAGGCGAUCGUGUUCUAAUGUAGCAGUUGUAAUUCUGCUUCAUUAUACAUUAUAUCUGUUAUGUAAUGUGUUUUUUUUUCUGUGUCGUUUCCCUUACAAUCAAACAGGCUUCAUUUAUGAACUAUCCAUUAUCUUUACUUAACACAUAGAGGUAGAUUUCAUAUUAAAUAUCUUCACUUACAGAAAAUGUAGAAAUAAAACUGUAUAGCUCUUGUAUAUUGUGUGAUCUCUGUUUUUAUAUCAUUUUUUUCAUAAAACUAUUUUUUGUUUCCAUGUUCUUUCUUUUCGGUGAUUGAUACAAAGCUUUGGAAAAGCUACGGCAUGCUGAAAUGGAUCAAAAUGUGUAUUUUUUCUUAUUUUCUUAUCUUUGUAUGGUAUGUGAAACACAUUAGACAUGAAAUAGACACUGUAUAUAGAAACCAAUGUGAGACUAAUCAUGCUAAUCAUCUAAAGUGUAUGGUUUUAUCUUUCGGUUCCAACGUUCCCACAUCAUGAUUUCUGAAGAUAUCUAUAACCGAUUAAUGAGAAAAGAAGUAUUUUGGGGACAAAACGGUUUAUAAUUAUCAUCGGGUUAUUUUCUUAUCUUUGUAUGGUAUCUGAAAAGAAAAUCAGUCAUAAAAUAACCUCUGUAUAUACAAACCAAUGUGAGACGUCAAGAUAAAUUUUAUCAUGUAUGAUAUAGCCUAUUGUGAGGAGACAAUUUCCAGUUUGGUGGAUUUUUUUAUUAUUUUUUAACAAAAUAUCUAACCAGAUCAAGCGCAUCCUGACAAUUAUUUUUCUCUUGUUUAUUGCAUGCGUUACAAAAGAACUAAGAUUGUUUUUUUUUUUCUUUCUAGAAUCACGAACCACCACCAGCGCUUCUAUCAUACUGUGGGUACACUAAGCCGUAUAAAUUUCAUUUUGACUGCAUUAUCUUGCCAUAAUUACCAAGUAAUAUUAUGUUUGGUCCAGGUCUACCAAUUUUCGACAUAAAUCUCUCAGCUGUUCAUCAUGAUUCGAAGUGCAUUUCCAAUAGAUUAACUAUGUUUUAGAAUACGUCCCCGUUGCAAUUGCAAAAAUUCAUAAUACCAGUACACAUAUUCAUGAAAAAAAAAGUUUCACGAAUGCACAUGCAAGUCAUCCCAUUACAAUUUAUCUGCUUAAAAAAACUAACUGUUAAUAGAUUCUUAUGUUGCUAAUAUUGCCGUUUAAUCCACAUAAUAAUAAUUCUAACAUUUCUUUAGUUUGGAUCUUAGAAAGGUACAAAGCGCAUUACAUAUAAGGUAUUUACAGUGAAGCGAAACAUAAACAUAUAAAGAAAGAAAGAAAGACCAGUGCUGGCAAGCAGGAAGUAAGUUGUGAAGGUGACGGUCCUUGUGUAAUCACCAUGACUGUGGCAAAAAGAAAGUUAUGAACGGAAACGACUCUUCGAGAAAUUGAUGAUCUGAUUUUGUAAUAUUUUUAAAUAUUUGAUUAUGUGGCAAUGAACUUCCCGAAGGGGGAUUUUCUUUUUUUAGCUUUAUUACACAUAAGAUACUAUGAACAAGAAAAUUAUCUUUAUGCCUGAUAAGGUAGAUAAACUAUGUACAUAAAUACAAUUCAAGGAAUAAGGCUUUAAAAAGAAUGUCCUGCCCGAAGGAGGAUAGUAUUUCCUGCACAAUUCAUUUUUUCGAAAGGAUGUAUGGGAGGUAAUGUAAUUUUGGAGGUAAUACCUAAAGGAGAACAAUUUAGUGUUUUCAAGUAUUUUUUUAAGCGUAGAGGCCGAGUUACACAACUGCUGAAUAUAGAUUUGUCAUUCGGUCGACAAAAUCGGUGUAUUUCCUAUAGAAAUGUAUGGUAAUCGUCGCGUCAUUGUUACGUAGAUGGUUGAGAGAUUAACGGGUCACUAGUGUGCUGUGUGCGCGGUAUUCAUGUCUAUGUUGUGUUGAUCCUAUAUGCGUCAAUUAUGAUGAUCGUGUUGCUUAAGGGAUUUUCCGUUGGGAUAUCCUAAAAAGACGCCUAUCAAAUGAAAUCUAUAUAUAUAUAGAACAAGACAUCGGAAACUGAAAUGAAUUGAAGUACAUCUUUCAUUUCAUUGCCUAACUCAUUCCUAGAAAUACUAACGAAAUCUCCGGUGCAAAGCUUUGGUAUCGAUUCAUGAUGGCGGACUUAUUAAUAAGGACAAAGCUAAUCAUCUUAAGUGUAUGGUUUAACUCGGGGGAAAACACGUUUGUACCACUUUUCCUCCGUCACAUCAUGAUUUCUGAAGAAAUAUUCUCAAAGGGUUUAACGGGCUUGCAAAAUUAUAAACCAAGGUAUGCCAAAUCAACUGGUGUACCUUUUCGUCUUACAUGAUAUCACUUUUAGUCAAAAUACUGCAUAGGCUUUGACGUCACGGACGAGGGCAUCUAAAAUGAUGUCAAGCCAUGGUGAAAACUUACCUUCAUCGUAAUAAUGGCAUCCCCCCCCGUCUCCCUCUCACCCUCUCUUUCUCUACAGAACUUUAGCGCCCUUUUACAAUGAAAGACGUUUCCUUUUCAUUUCAUAGUGUUUGAGUAACGAUCACCAUAUCUUGCUUUGGCUAACUUGAGAAAUGUGACUUUUUCUGAUUUAGGAAGUAGGCUGUAGUGGUCAAAGAAAGUUUUAACACAAAAAUGAGGAAAAGGGUGUUAUAAAAGACCUUAAAAUACAGUCUGCAAGUUAAUUUCCUAUAUUGCCUCACAACUACAAUGGAUUUACCGUGAUAACAAAUAGAAAUCUGAAUUAAAAACUUAAUCAAAUGGUAUCAUGUAGUAUGAUAUUUCUUCAAACGCCAACUUCAUACCUGUUUGUUCUUGUUUAAAAUGAAUGUCAAAGGUGUGAGUGGUAGGCCUACGUUUUCCCCCUACAAGAUUACCGGAUAUUAAAUAAUAUUAAUAGAUCAAUACAUUAGUACAUUUUGAUAUGUUCAUCAAAUUGUAUGAACGGUCAUUUUAGUCGAUGUAAGAUCUAAGUGAACUUCAAUCGUGACAUCCAUAGUCAAUGUGGUCUUUCCAUUCCUAAGGAAACUCGGCACCCUGAUAAGUACCCUGAUAAUUAACUUGGUUGAUAUUUUCCUGCAAAAUAAAAAUUCUUAACCUAAAUAUGUAAGAAGUUUCAAAUGAGGCUCGCGAGGUGUUCUGUAACAUUUUUUUUAUAUUAAAAUCGAAUAGGGUAAAGAGAAGGGUGUAUAGUAGCACGUUGCUUGACACCAAUCCACGGAGGAGUUGGGAGUUGAAAGUCAAGUAACUAUGUCCUUUGGGCUUGUCUCUUCAUUUAUUUUCCCGCCCGAAACUCGACCAAGGAUUUGGUACGCAAAGAAAGCUGCGGUAGCGUCGUGUGUCACGUCACAUUGCGUUACUGAAGUCGGCGAACCCCUAUUUUCUAAGCCCCGUCCAGCUUAUCGACUCACCAACAAGGAAAAUAUUAAUUCGAGACUACGAUGGAUAAGUAAUGUCAUGGCAGAUUUGCGCGCGUCUUUGCGAAAAGUCGGGAUAGUAUGCGAGCGGUACUUUCCGAUACGCAUGUUACUAUCUUCUCAAGAUAUAUGAAAAAGUGGCGAUGAGCGCGGGCCGUUCUUAAUUUAACGUGUUUGCAAUGUAUAUAAUGUUUAUUACAAUUGACCUUAAUUCUCUUCUGUUAGACUUUGUGCGAUUGCAGAUGUAUUUUUUUAUUAAACUUUUUAAACAACAAAACCAAGGAAGUGCAAGAUCAGCAGAGGUUGCAAGUGUAUCUUAGCACAUAAUCAACAAAGGAUUUAUUUAAUCUUGGUUUAAUUUUUAUUUAACCGCUGUCGCGAAAUUCCCCAAACGUGAUUAGCCUGUGUUUUAUUCUUAGUCUAAUAAUAAAUCUACCCGUAUUUGGAAUAUCUGGAAUAGAUACAAUAGUAUGUAAAGUUUUAGUCUGAACUCCAGACUAGCCCUACCCAAUGGUCAAUUUGAGAAAUGACCGAAGGACGUGACCAGCUGCGCCUUCACACACGCUGGCAUUUCUUUCUUGUACCAUUUGAACAUGGGGACAUGACACCCUACGCUGCUCAAGGGGUUCCCCGAGAUGAAUCCAAUAGCUGCGUGGUCUUGGCCAGAUCGCAUUCCUGCGCCAAGAACAAACGAGCAAACAGAAGAUAGAGGAUAGUGCCUCCAAAACAGGAAGGCAAGGCAAGAGCUUGAAAUCCGAAGAACAGUACGCGAGUAAAUGAGGGCAAUCGCGGUAACAUGAUCACCGACCCAUGCUCCUUUUUUCCUACACGCCCAGUACCAAAAGGUGGAAGAUCUCUACCGCAAUUGUAAGAGUAUUAUCAUCUGAGCGUGGCUAGGUUCCCUUUCUCCCUCGCUGACGUUGUCCAACUUUUUUUUCUGGAGAAGGGAUAACCUUCACCUACUGUCCAUAGAAUAAUCCAUACAAGUAAUCACCAAAUUGACAAAUUUUAUUUUUCUUUCGGAAUAAGCGGCUGUCGAAAGUUUUUCAGGUGGUGAGCAAAGUAAUAUGUAUUUUCCUCUUUUCAUUCAUUUGGUUCGUUUUUAGUAAAGAUUAUAAUGCAUAUUCGCAUUUCCUGACCACUCUCAUUUGGCCUUAAUGCUUCCAUUAUAUCAUAAUCAUAAGAAUAUCUGUGUCUUGUUUCUCCUCCGUUACAUAGUAAUAGUGAGUUAUAAAAGAAACUUGAGUCUUCUUGGAUUUCCAGUGUAACUUACUUCAAGUUCAUAUUUGCACAAUAAAAAUCUUGUCGUUUACGCUGCAAACAAUGUCCUCAAAGGCCCAUUGAUUUAAAAUGAAAGUCUAUCAAUUCUACCCCCACCCCCUCCCCCAUGCAUGAUGUAAUAUUAUGAACCCCUCAGUUAUCUGUCUUGGGGCCUCUACUUUUCCAUCGGUAGUAACACAAAGGCAAACAAAACUGCUAUUAAAACUUAUAGAUAUGUUCAGGUUGUUUAAAAGCUCUUGUGAGUCGAUGUACCCCACCUGUCGUGAAAAACGUAUAUUUUUUGUUUAAAGGAUUGUACAUAUUUCUUAUAAGCCUGAGGAAUCCCUAGUUAUAGUAAUUCUAUUAUCAUUACUUUAUUAUCCUUCAGUAUCAUGUAACUGGUGUUAUUUCGUACCUACUUAUUGUGUUACAAUGAUGUUGUCUUGCCUAUUCGAUUAACAAAUUUAGAAAACGGUAGUAUUAUAUUUCUGAUACCAGAAAGGGGUUGAUACAAAUUUGUGACAUUAAGCAAUAUUUUCAGAACACGAUAGGCCUUGCGCAGUAUACACCGAUUCCAUUAUUAUGUAUUUAUGCUUCGCCCUACAAAUACAUUUUGUGUUUCAAAAGAUGCAUAGUAUGUGAGUUCUAGGAGUUCUAGGAACUCUGACUUCUUAGGGCAUGGCAAAUAGUUGAAAUGGUUAUUUUAUUCGUGUUCUUAUUAUCAGUGGAAACUGAUGAAUCAAUCAAUUUAAAUAUUGAUGGGGCAUUUGAAGAUAUAUGGCAUUAUGUUUGAGACAAGUUGAAGAGAUAGAAUGUCAUUGUGUGUAUUUUUUGUAUUUUCGUAGAUUCAUCGCGCUAGAAUAUUUUAGAAAAAGAGAACUUUAGAUGCAAUAGUAUUGAUAAAAAGAGUGUUAUAAUAAAUACCUCAUAUCGUGCUACGAGACUAUUCGUAUUAUGUAACUGUUUUGCGACGAUAAGUGUAUAGUGUUUUCAGCUGAAGAAACAUACCAUCGAAGAUCUCAAUAUGUCGUGUUUGUACAUAUAUAUAUAUUUUCUUUUUCUGACUGUCAUCAAUAUUCGAGAGUGUGCCCUGAAUAGUCUAAAAUUGUGAAAAAUCUAUUCCGUUAAUUGGAUAAGGUCGAAAGGAUCUUGCAGUAGUCUAUUUCAUCUAUUAUUUCAAUUCUAGGACUAUACCAAUUUAUGGCAUGUAAGACAUCUUGUAUAUUAAUGUAUAUUGAAUAAUGCAAUGUACCAUAACAUAUUUAUCUAACACUCAUGUCUGAACCCGUUUGGAUCUUAAAUAAAUUAUAUAACUGUUUG